ACAGUGGAUAUGGUAUUUCUUAUUCCAAUGCUCAUUUUGGUGCUGGUAGUGGUAAGAUAUGGAUGGAUGAUGUAGCUUGCAGUUCUUCAUAUAAUAAACUAAUAUACUGUCCUAGUUCAAUACUGGGUACUAGUAACUGUGGUCAUUCUGAAGAUGCUGGAGUCAGCUGUCAAGCUCCUUGUACUGAUGGACAGAUCAGGCUAGCAGGAAAUACUAAUGUUCCUCAGGAAGGAAGAGUAGAAUAUUGUUUGAAUAAUAAUUGGGGAACAAUUUGUGAUAGCUCCUGGGGAGCAACUGAUGCUCAAGUAGCUUGUCGUCAAUUGGGAUAUCUAACAGAAGGAGCUAUUGCUUAUAGUUCAGCUAAGUUUGGUUCUGGCACUGGUCCAGUAUAUUAUCAUUAUUUUGGUUGCAGUGGAAGUGAAGCUACUCUAAGUGCAUGUAGUAAAAGUUCUGGAUCAAGUUGUUCACAUUCACGAGAUGCUGGUGUGAGAUGCCUUGUUAAUUCAACUGUGAAUUGUACUUAUGGUGAUGUUAGAUUAGUUGGUGGAUCUAAUCAAUAUGAAGGAAGAGUUGAAAUAUGUAUUAAUGGAAUAUGGGGUACUGUCUGUGAUGAUAGUUGGAGCUCUACUGAUGCUACUGUUGUGUGUAAACAAUUGGGACACAGCUAUACUGGAUCUGGUGUUGCUUAUUCCAAUGCUCAUUUUGGUGCUGGUAGUGGCAAGAUAUGGAUGGAUGAUGUAGCUUGCAGUUCUUCAUAUAAUAAACUAAUAUACUGUCCUAGUUCAAUACUGGGUACUAGUAACUGUGGUCAUUCUGAAGAUGCUGGAGUCAGCUGUCAAGCUCCAUGUACUAAUGGACAGAUCAGGCUAGUAGGAAAUACUAAUGUUCCUCAGGAAGGAAGAAUAGAAUAUUGUUUGAAUAAUAAUUGGGGAACAAUAUGUCAUAAUUCCCUGGGGAGCAACUGAUGCUCAAGUAGCUUGUCGUCAAUUGGGAUAUCUAACAGAAGGUUU